GUUUUGUUUGUCUGUUUGAUUUCGUUUAUAACCCCCCGGUUUAUCCCCAACACUCUAUAUAAAUGUUGAAAAUGUCGUUCUCGAAGGCGAAGCUGAAGAGAUUCAACGAUGUGCCAGCCGUUUCAUCUCCUUCAGCUUUUGCUGAACCAAAAGAGAAGGAGCUCCCGAAAAAGUCGAAAAAGGAGGACAAAAUCAAGAUCGGUGGCAGUAUGGAUGCGGAGUCGAUCAAGACAACGAAAAGCGCACUGAGCCUUUUCCGUACGCCAUCACUACCGCGUCGCCUGAAGUUUAAGCACAUCUCCGACCUGACGCCCAAGAAAGCUUCCGCCAAGGAAGAAAAGGCAAACCGUCUAGCAGCGACUACAGAAGCGGCCACCGAUAAGCCAUCCGAUGGCACUGGGAAGGUACCUCCGAUCGUGCAACUCUACAACAAGAUCGACGUUAACAAAGAAGCACUCGGAAAGGCGCGGGAAGAGAAUGAGCAGCUGAAGGCAACGGUGCAAGAGCUCCGGGCCGAGCAUCAGCGCGCGGAACUGGAACGGAUGAGCUUGCUGGCAGCAAAGGACAACCAGAUCGUACUGCUGGAACGCGAGUUGACCAGCAUCAGCAAGGCGGACGAACUGUUGCAGCACAUUACGGAGGGCUGCCUGGAGAAGGUGAAAGAGUACGAGCAGGAGAUCCGGAACUUGCACCAAAGCUACGAACGGCAGCUGUGCGAUAUGCAUGACUCCAAGACGGAGCUGGAGAUCCGGUAUGACGAGCUGCUCUGCGUGCACCGGAUGCUGCAGAACGAUUACGACGUGACCGAGGGUGAGAAUCAUUUCCUGAACGAGGAAAUGGUUGCACUGCGUGAAAUCCUGGAGGCGCACGACAUGGAGUUGCAGCGCAAAACCGACGAGAUCAAGCUGAUGGAGGAGGGGUUAAAUGAGCUCGUGAUUGAGGGCCGUGAUCUGAAGGAGCAAGUGAAGUACCUGAAGACACAGGCCGAGGAGGACAUGAUGCGGUACGUGGAGGAAGGCCGCAACACGAUCCGGGAGAUCGAUCAGCUUAAGCAAGAGAACGCCCGUCUGCUGACCGUGCUGGCGGAAAAGAAUGCCAUCGUGGCGGGUAUGCAGGAGGAGCUGAACGAGCGUCAGUUCGAGAUGGACGACAUGCGCAACGAUAUCCGGAACGAGCUGAACCAAGAGCUGACGGCGUUGUGCAAAAAGCAUGAGGCACAGCUCGCCACCAUGACCGAGCUAAACGAGAUGAAGAUCAAGGAAUGUGAAUCGAUCUUCGUGUUGGAAAAGUCGAAGCUUGUCAAGGAACACUCGGACCGCAUGAAACGGCUGGAGAAGGAACAACAACGCGAGAUCGAACGUAUCGGCGAGCAGGCGGAGGAAAAGAUCCGCAUCGCAGACAUCCAGAACGAGGAGCGCGUGAAGGGGCUGGAACUCUCGAUCCAGAGCUCGAUCUCGGCAGCGCUCGCGAGUGAAAAGAUGCACUGGCAGAAGGAGCUGGACAAGUGCCAGAAGAUUGCCGAGACGGAAAUCAUGCAGAGUGAGUUCGAGAAGCGCGAUCUGCGCACACUAUGGGAAGCGUCCAACGAGGUGAUCAAGGACAACGAGAAUAAGAUCGCAGAGUUGGAGCGCCGGCUGCAGGUGGAGCUGGAACCGGGCGCAAAGUCGCGGGACGAGCUGGAAACAGAAGUUCGCGAUUUGUCAUUGGAAUGUUCGCGACUGAAGACGGAGAAGUACAACUAUCAGCUGACGCUAAAUAACACCCGCUCCACGGUCAACAUCUUGAUGGAGCGGCUCAAAAAGUCGGACGGUGAUGUGGAGUUGCUUAAGGCAGAACUGGAGCAAGUUGUGCGUAGCAAGACGGAGAUUGAAACGGCCAACAACAAGCUGCGGGAGGAGGUGACCGAAUAUCAGCGAGUUCUCGGUGCGCUGCAUGCAUCUUCCAGCCUGCUGGAGAAGGAGAUGCGCGAAAAGAAUGAGGUGUUCGAGAAGCUGAUGAAUUCGGAGGAGGACGCUAUUCUGACGGUGUCGCAGAUUGGCAAACUGUUUAGCGACCGUAUGGAACAGAGCAUGGGCCGCUAUCUGGAGAUGUACGAGGAGCUGAAGAAGAAGUACGAUGCCCGGGAGGCGUACAUCCAGGAUCUGAAGGCGCUGUUGGACGAGUUUGCCAACGGCAUCGAGCUGGCACGGAUCGAGCUUGACACGAAGGAUAAGAAGAUCUUUGAGCUGGAGAACGAAAACAAGAACAUCAAGCUGGAGAACAUGACGAUCCGGUUUAAGUGUGAACAGUUCGAGAAGUACAAUCAGGGCGAGAGUCGAGUGCCACAGCCUUCGCCCGAGCUCCAGUGCAACAGCCACACCGACGCGGACGAUGAUGAGCGAUUGGUGCCGAACUUUUUGAUCGAAAACAUCAUCAACCAGCUGGAGCAGGAGGGUAUGUCGGACAAGGACACUCUCGGUACGAUUCAGGAAAUCAUCGAAAGUGGCCACGACCAAAACGGGACGGAAAUUGUCGAUAAGCUAAAGGAAACGGAAGAAAAGCCUCGCAUAGUGGAAGAAUUCGCCAAAGAAACAUCGGAUAAAUAUACGGAACUGCUGGAAAACCAGAACAACCGACAGAAGAUGAAGAACCUGGAAUGCAAUAAGGAUCAGCAGCAGCUCAAAGCGAAAAUUGCCAAAUUACAGGAGCUGAACAAGAAGCAGGAAAACACAAUCCAAACCCUACAACAGCAGCUUUCCUCGUUUGAUUCGCCACAGAAGCUGAACGGAUCGAUGAAGUACCUUUCGGCUACGGCCAGUCCAAAAACGCCGAAGAAGCUGAUCGUAUCGCCGUACCCCGGCAAGGAGAAUUGCUCACCGGCCCAGGUCGGUGUGUUCAGUCCACGGUCGAACGUGCUGCGGACGCGGAACAACUAA